CACGUGGGCGUUCACUAAAGGGGAAGCCACGUUGACACGAAAAAGUAGUAUUUCGUGUCAUCCUAAAACCGGGGAAACGGGUCGUGGUUACACCUGUCGCCGCAGGGAUUUUUCUAGAAGUCUAAGGGAAACGACCCGCGUCACCUGAAAGAUGAGCGUCGGUUUCAUUGGAGCUGGCCAGCUGGCUCACGCUCUGGUUAAAGGCUUCGCUGCUGCCGGAGUAAUAGCCACCCAGAGGAUAACAGCCAGCUCCCCAGACACCGACCUGCCCACUGUCUCUGGUCUCAGGAAAAUGGGGGUGAACCUGACCACCAGCAACAAGGAGGCGGUGAACAGGAGCGACGUGCUGUUCCUGGCGGUCAAGCCUCACAUCAUCCCCUUCGUCCUGGACGAGAUCGGCCCCGACAUCGAGGACCGCCACCUCAUCGUGUCCUGCGCCGCCGGCGUCACCAUCAGCUCCAUAGAGAAGAAGCUGCUGCAGUACCGGCCGGCCCCCAAGGUGGUGAGGUGCAUGACCAACACCCCUGUGGUGGUGAGGGAGGGGGCCACCGUCUACGCCACCGGGACACACGCCGAGCUGGAGGAUGGGAGGCUACUGGAGCAGCUGAUGAGCAGCGUGGGGUUCUGUACUGAGGUGGAGGAGGACCUCAUCGACGCCGUCACCGGCCUCAGCGGCAGCGGGCCCGCAUACGCCUUCACAGCGCUGGAAGCCCUGGCAGAUGGAGGCGUGAAGAUGGGGUUGCCAAGGAGACUGGCUGUUCGGCUUGGAGCCCAAGCUCUACUGGGAGCAGCUAAGAUGCUGCUGGACUCGGAGCAGCACCCAGGCCAGCUGAAGGACAACGUGUGCUCUCCAGGGGGCGCCACCAUCCACGCGCUGCACUUCCUGGAGAGCGGAGGGUUCCGCUCCCUGCUCAUCAACGCCGUGGAGGCCUCCUGCAUACGCACGCGGGAGCUCCAGUUCCUAGCGGACCAGGAGCGCAUCUCCCCUGCAGCCAUAAAGAAGACCACCCUGAACAAGGUGCUGCAGCAGCCAGGCGUGUCCGUGACCGGCGGCGGGGCCGCCAACGGCAAGCCUGGCCUCAACCUGCUCAACGGCGUGAAGAAGAAGAAGAACUGAUGGAGCCCCGGGUUGAUCGCAUCGCAAGUUUGGACUUAGCGCUGUGUGACUGCAUGAGUGGAGACACACACACACACACAUCAGGAGUUCAGACUGUGUGUAGACUACUGCCCGUACACACAGAGAUUUGCCUUACGUUGACUGGAUUUGUUGCCGUCCACACACACACACACUCUCAGACACACACACUUUCCUUUCAUCUUUCUAUCUUCCUAAACCUUUCUUCUGGAGCUGGUCCCUAGCCCACUCUCUCUUCCCCUCUCUCCCUCUCUCUCUCUCCAUCUCCCUCUCCCCCUCCCUCUCUCUCCCCAUCUGUCUUUCUCCCCAUCUGUCUCUCUCUCUCCCUUCCCCCUCUCCCUCUCUCUUUCUCUCCCAUCUCUCUCUGUCUGUCUCCCCCCCAUCUUAUCUUGGAUAUCUCUGCUGUAUGUUGAGAUCAGUGUCUCUCUUAUGUGAUCAUGAUAAUGGCCGUCAUGAGCCAUAUAAGGGCAUACGCUUCCUCAAUGUCACCAGAUGGUAACCUGGGGCAACGUCAUGUUUUGUUGUUUUGUUUGUUCCCAAGUGAAACUCCCCUUUUUAAUGACACCAAAUCAUGAGAACAAACCCUUUAAAAAAAAAAAAAACCUUUUGUGAAUUUACAUUUUUGUUCUGUGUAAUCUGUGACUCAGUGUCAGCAACAGUUUUGUUACUUGAUGAGUUAAUUUACAUAUUUCUGUGGUCCAUUUUUAGGGAUUGUUUUCUUGCAAGUCUGGUGCCUGGCAAUGGGGAGCUGUGCUCUUUGUUUACAUGCUGACCUUUGACCUUUUGAUCCUGUGACCCCAGGAAGUGUUUCCCCCAAGGUCAUGCUCUAGGUAAAUUCAGGAGUUCCCCCACCUCUCCUGUGCCUGGUUUCUCUCAGGUCUCUCAUUGGCAGAGUUUCAGAGCUGCUUCCCGUUCCUCUGGAAACGUCAUUGGAGGUGAUCCAGUGGGAGGGGCUUGGGAUGUCCUUCUCCAAUAGGCUUUGAGGAUGUCCCCCAGACAGAAACAUCUAUUUCAACUUCAUGUUGUUCCUUAGGUGCUGAUAAAAAAGAAACGCAACUUUAUAUUUAAAGGGUUAAUUUGUUAAAGUAAAAGACUGAAAUAUCAUUUAUUUUUUGAUCAAAGGCUCUGUCCAAGGUGUGUGUGUUUUGUACAAUACUUGGUUAUGUUCUCGUAGGCCAACUAUGUUACAUGGGGACUGUGAAUGAAUAGUUCUGUUACUUCUUCAUGUUGUCAGUCAAGCAGUGGAAUAGCUUAUAACUCAAUAAACAUGCCAAUGAAG